GCUCGGGGGGAGGGAGAGAGAAGCGGCUCAGAGCGCUCACAGUAUUGGCGUAGGUUGACGCCGAAGAGAUAAGUGCUUGAGGGGCGAUGUGAAGACAGGCAAAGAGAGGGCAGGGCGAAGGGAUUUGUACGGAGCUGUGAGGAGUGAGAGAGGCUCCGGAGAGCGACAAUGCUGCAGUUCGUGGUGGGAUUUGCUCUUGGAAACGUGGUGGGAAUGUACCUGGCUCAGAAUUAUCAGGUUCCAAACAUCACAAAGAAAAUUGAAGAGUUCAAGAAAGAUGCUGAUGCCCGGAAAAACCCGCCAGACAGUAAAUCAUGAGAUGGAUUGAGAGUGGGAUUCAGAGACUCCAUUCACUGUCUCACAAUAGAUGGUGUUCUGUGACAGCCUGGGUCAUCGGUGCUGCCUUCGUACUGGCUACAAAACAUGACACAAAGUGUACUGGGCUCUGCUACACCCAUCUUAUUAGUUCUCGUUGUUCCUGAUCUCAAUUUGUUGGCUGCUACAGUUGAUGGCAGCCAAUGCUUUAAUUUCUCAGCUUACUCCUUAUCAUGUUUACUCCCUCAUAUCUUUGACCCAGGGCCUGAUUCCAAGCUGCUUCUGUUGGUGUAGCCCAUUUAGUUAUAGUCAAAGGGACUCGCCAGCUUUGUGCAACUCAAUGAAAUUGGGCUCCCAAGUGUGUGUCUGAGUCAAUGACCUCACAGGAAUUGAUGAUUGAUAUUGUACAUGAUCUAACAGUGCAGUGUGUUUAUUGUAUUGCUAUCCAGUUAUAUUUCUCAUAUUAAAUAAUAUCAUUAUCACUAA